UUCUACAACUAUCUGAGUGCCUGGGCAUCUAACGACGCGCUUGCCUAUGGUGCCUCGCAGGCGAAUCUGCGACCCGAACCGCGUCAGUGGAUCUAUACCAACGACCAUGAGCUGAAAAUCCCAAAGAGCAUGCCGCUCACUUAUGCGCAGAUGCCAUUCAAUCUUCAUAAGCUCACCGAUACGCAGCAGAUCACAGAAUUGAUCGGUAGCAUUCGGAAACUAUGCAAAAGAUUCGAGGAGCGCGGCCUGCCGAAUUUCCCAUCCGGCAUACCGUUUCUCUUCUGGGAACAAUACAUGGAUCUGAGGAGCUGCUUGGGAAUCGCUCUUCUGGCCGCUUUGAGCGCAAGCAUCAUCAUCGUUGGGGUGCUGUUGUUGAAUAUGUGGGCCACCCUGCUGGUCGGCAUUUCCUUAGGUGCCGUCGUUCUGCAAUUAUUAGGCAUCAUGGGUCUAUUUGACAUCAAACUGAGUGCUGUACCUGCCGUACUGCUGGUAAUCAGCGUCGGCAUAGCUGUUCACUUUACGGUGCACAUUUGCCUGAGUUUCAUCACUAGUGUGGGAAGCAGAGAUCGCAGAAUGCGCUUAGCUCUGGAGCAUAUGUGUGCUCCGAUCGUCCAUGGCGCGCUCACCAUGCUGCUUGCAGUGGCGAUGCUUGCCUUCUCCGAAUUUGACUUUAUAGUCAAAUAUUUCUUCUUCAUACCAUUAUGCGUAAUCGGCGUCGGCCUCGUAAAUGGUAUUUUCUUCUUCCCGAUUCUGCUGUCUCUAAUUGGCCCAUCAGCGGAAGUGAUCCCGAACGAUUAUCCGGAUCGUAUAUCUACGCCGACACCGCCGGCAUCACCAAUUGUGAGAAGAUCUAAGCCUCCCGCACCGCCAAGGAGGUCUCAUAAAAUCGAGAACGCUAGGUUGCAUGCCGAGCCGUCACUCACAACCAUCACAGAGGAACCUAACUCGUGGCACAGCACACAGGAGUCUUGCAUCAUUGUCCAACCGGAACUCAAGGUGGAAACCACAUCCACGUGCGGCAACCAGAACUGUAGCGGAUCGGACACGAGCGGGUCUAGUCGAACGUCACCGAUUCCGUCCACUCCACACAUUACCACCAAGGUCACCGCAACGGCGAACAUCAAAGUCGAGGUUCAUACACCGUUAACCAGCGGAGUGGAUCGUAGUGAAAAAUGCCGGCACACUAGCACCGGUAGUCGAAGGAGCUCGCGCUGCAGUGCGAACGUUAAUGCUGGGGAGUCUUCCGGCUCCAGUUCUGAGCCGGAUUCAGACUUUAACCCAAAACAUUGAUAACAAGAACCGAGGGGACCAGCAGCUGCUGCUCAAGUACCACGCAAAGCGGGAAAACACAGAAGGCUGACUAGUAUAGAUUAAUAAAUUUUUCAUCUUCUCUUCCUCUUUCCUUUCUCCUAUCUCGGCCCUUUAUCCGUUUCUUUUUCUUUCUUUCUUUCUCUCUCUCUCUCUUUCUCAAAUGAGUAAUACAACAGCAUAGUUGUUUUACUCAAAUAUUAGAAACGAAAGUAUUACAACGCACACACAAUUGUAUUUUUACAAUGUAUGUAAGUACUUUUUGCAAAAAAACAUUAAUAUCGCAUGUUUAAUACUUUUUAUACCGAAUUUUAAAGUGACAGACACCUAUAGGAAAUAUAAGAAACAAAAUUGUAUUUAUACAAUUAUAUACAAUAUAAUAUAAUACAAUUACAAUAUAAUAGAAUUUAAUUAGAGUUUUUAAGAUCAGGAUCCAUAUUUAUAUUUUAUACACAUAUUAUAAAUAUACAAAUUGCGCUCUCUAUAACGGUUUUUUAAGCAAAUUACUAAAGUUUUUAAUCAUGAGAAAAACCAUAGACAUAGACAUAUACACACACACACAAACAUAUAUAUAUAUACAAUAUAAAUCGGGUAUUGAUGAUAUAACCUGAAGAAUAGAGCAGGAAAAAUUAGAAAAAAUUCCAUCUCUUUUUCUGACGAAAGAUUGCACAGGCAUAAAUGAAAAAAAAAAAA